AUGGUCCUCUCACGGCGAGCGGUUCUCUUCCUCGGGUUCUGCUUCUUUACUUUCGUCUUUUUCGCAGCUCGCAGCCUGCGCCAACCCCACGCAUGGGAGUCCGUCCCGCAGGCCGUCGGCCUGGGAGAAUAUCUUCCCUCCAAUUCCCAUGGCUCUGGCGCCAGUACCAAUUGGUCAAUGGCAUAUAAUGUCAGCACCGGUCAUAUCAAACCAUACCCUUACGUUCCACGACCAAACUUCGUCACCGGAAUUCCCAAACCGCUCGGAACGCAGUAUACAAAACGGCUCGUCGUGCCGCGUACGACAGAGGAAGAUGUCAGCUGGAUCGCAGAGGAGCUGCCGGAUUGGGAUACAGCGAUCUACGUCGCGAAUGAUCCCUCGGCCCCCCUCCACCCACCGGUGAACAAGGGCAACGAGGUCAUGAUCUAUCUGACCUAUGUCAUUGAUUUCUACGAUAAUCUUCCCGACGUUUCGGUCUUCGUACACGCACAUCAGAACGCAUGGCACAACGAAAAGCUCUUCGGCGGCGAUUCUGCGGAGACCGUAAGGCGAUUGAAUCUAAACCGCGUGAUCCGAGAAGGCUAUAUGAAUCUCCGCUGCGGUCUGGGCCCCGGGUGUCCUGAUUGGAUGCACCCCGGCGAAAUCGAGCCCGACGAGACAAAACAGGAAGAAAUCGUGCUUGCCCGAGCCUGGAGCGAAAUUUUCCCCGACGACCCGGUCCCGUUGGUCCUGGCACAGCCGUGCUGUGCCCAAUUCGCCCUAUCAAAGGAGCGUAUUCGAACAAUCCCUCGCUCUCGCUUCGUGUUCUACCGUGACUGGCUUCUGCAAACUACCCUGAGUGAUUACAUAACCGGGCGAGUCUGGGAAUAUCUCUGGCAAUACGUCUUCGCCGGCGAGCCGGUCUUGUGCCCGGAUGAGAGCGUUUGCCUAUGCGAUGGCUAUGGAUUCUGUUUUGGAGGCCUAGACAACUUUAGAGCUUUCCAGGCGGCGAUGGAAGAGCGGGAUGAGUUGCAGCUUGAGUCUGAUAACUUCGAUUGGAUGUCGGAAGACCUUGAGACGACCAAAAACUUUGGUGAGCUAGAUGAGACCAUGGAUUUGAAUAUCCCUCCGCCAGGCGGCAAGUCUGAAAAUGAAGGACCGUUGGCUGCUAAAACGCGGGAGGUGGAAGCUCUAUUGGAAAAUGCCCUUGCCCGAGGUAACGACCCCAGGCUUCGUGCCGAAGAAGUUGGGCGACCUUGGAAAGAUGGCGAUGGCUUCUAG